GCGGCGGUUGCGAGCGGAGCCUGGGAGGUGGAGAAGGCUGUCGUUGCCUUGGCCGUCGCAUCCCCGAGGGAGUCGUGUCGGCGCCACCCCGGCCCCCGAGCCCGCAGAUUGCCCACCGAAGCUCGUGUGUGCACCCCCGAUUCCGCCAGCCACUCGCCCCUGGCCUCGCGGGCCGUGUCUCCGGCAUCAUGUGUGGUAUAUUUGCUUACUUAAACUACCAUGUUCCUCGAACGAGACGAGAAAUCUUGGAGACCCUAAUCAAAGGCCUUCAGAGACUGGAGUACAGAGGAUAUGAUUCUGCUGGUGUGGGAGUUGAUGGAGGCAAUGACAAAGAUUGGGAAGCCAAUGCCUGCAAAAUCCAGCUUAUUAAGAAGAAAGGAAAAGUUAAGGCACUGGAUGAAGAAGUUCACAAGCAACAAGAUAUGGAUUUGGAUAUAGAAUUUGAUGUACACCUUGGAAUAGCUCAUACCCGUUGGGCAACACAUGGAGAACCCAAUCCUGUCAAUAGCCACCCCCAGCGCUCUGAUAAAAAUAAUGAAUUUAUUGUUAUUCACAAUGGAAUCAUCACCAACUACAAAGACUUGAAAAAGUUUUUGGAAAGCAAAGGCUAUGACUUCGAAUCUGAAACAGAUACAGAGACAAUUGCCAAGCUCGUUAAGUAUAUGUAUGACAAUCAGGAAAGUCAAGAUACCAGCUUUACUACUUUGGUGGAGAGAGUUAUCCAACAAUUGGAAGGUGCUUUUGCACUCGUAUUUAAAAGUGUUCAUUUUCCUGGGCAAGCAGUCGGCACAAGGCGAGGUAGCCCUCUGUUGAUUGGUGUACGGAGUGAACAUAAACUUUCUACUGAUCACAUUCCUAUACUCUACAGAACAGGCAAAGACAAGAAAGGAAGCUGCAAUCUCUCUCGUGUGGACAGCACAACCUGCCUUUUCCCAGUGGAAGAAAAAGCAGUGGAGUAUUACUUUGCUUCUGAUGCAAGUGCUGUCAUAGAACACACCAAUCGCGUCAUCUUUCUAGAAGAUGAUGAUGUUGCAGCAGUAGUGGAUGGACGUCUUUCUAUCCAUCGAAUUAAACGAACUGCAGGAGAUCACCCCGGACGAGCUGUGCAAACACUCCAGAUGGAACUCCAGCAGAUCAUGAAGGGCAACUUCAGUUCAUUUAUGCAGAAGGAAAUAUUUGAGCAGCCAGAGUCUGUUGUGAACACAAUGAGAGGAAGAGUCAACUUUGAUGACUAUACUGUGAAUUUGGGUGGUUUGAAGGAUCACAUAAAGGAGAUCCAGAGAUGCCGGCGUUUGAUUCUUAUUGCUUGUGGCACAAGUUACCAUGCUGGUGUAGCAACACGUCAAGUUCUCGAGGAGCUGACUGAGUUGCCCGUGAUGGUGGAACUAGCAAGUGACUUCCUGGACAGAAACACACCAGUCUUUCGAGAUGAUGUUUGCUUUUUCCUUAGUCAAUCAGGUGAGACAGCAGAUACCUUGAUGGGUCUUCGGUACUGUAAGGAGAGAGGAGCUUUAACUGUGGGGAUCACAAACACAGUUGGCAGCUCUAUAUCACGGGAGACAGAUUGUGGAGUUCACAUUAAUGCUGGUCCUGAGGUUGGUGUGGCCAGUACAAAGGCUUAUACCAGCCAGUUUGUAUCCCUUGUGAUGUUCGCCCUUAUGAUGUGUGAUGAUCGGAUCUCCAUGCAAGAAAGACGCAAAGAGAUCAUGCUUGGAUUGAAACGGCUGCCUGAUUUGAUUAAGGAAGUACUGAGCAUGGAUGAUGAAAUUCAGAAACUAGCAACAGAACUUUAUCAUCAGAAGUCAGUUCUGAUAAUGGGACGAGGCUAUCAUUAUGCUACUUGUCUUGAAGGGGCACUGAAAAUCAAAGAAAUUACUUACAUGCACUCUGAAGGCAUCCUUGCUGGUGAACUGAAACAUGGCCCUCUGGCUUUGGUGGAUAAAUUGAUGCCUGUGAUCAUGAUCAUCAUGAGAGAUCACACUUACGCCAAGUGUCAGAAUGCUCUUCAGCAAGUGGUUGCUCGGCAGGGGCGGCCUGUGGUAAUUUGUGAUAAGGAGGAUACUGAGACCAUUAAAAACACAAAAAGAACGAUCAAGGUGCCCCACUCGGUGGACUGCUUGCAGGGCAUUCUCAGCGUGAUCCCUUUACAGUUGCUGGCUUUCCACCUUGCUGUGCUGAGAGGCUAUGAUGUUGAUUUCCCACGGAAUCUUGCCAAAUCUGUGACUGUAGAGUGA